AUGCCCCCACUCCUACCACCACCACCACCACCACCACACCAACCACCAACACCACCAUCUGCAGAGGAGAUGGCGAAGCUCAAUUCAACGCCCCUGGAAGAGGCAGGUUCCGUGCUGGCAGUUGGGGUGGUUGGGGGCAUGACAUCCACAUCCACUGGCGUUGGUCCCGACGUGGUUUCUGGAGCUGUUGAAGUUUCCUCUGGUAUGCCUACAGAAUUAGGAUCACUUGGUCAUUUUGUGGAGCCUGAAUGCAUUAAUCCAUACAGUAGUGGCUGCAGGACGGGAAGAGAUAGCGGAGGGACUGCUUGGGCUCAGUUGACGUUCUACGGCGGCAGCCAGGAGGGCUGCGCAGGAGUCGACGCGAUGCUGGCGCCUCUAGUGGCAGUUCUGGCGCUCAUCGGCGCGGCGUCGACAUCAGCUCAGGUCCCGCACAUCGUGGGCGGCACCAACGUGUCGAUCCAACAGGUCCCGUGGCAGGUGUCGGUCGAGACAGGAGGCAUUCACCGCUGUGGUGGUUCCAUCGUCAGCAAGUCCUGGGUGCUCACCGCAGCCCACUGCAUCUAUGUGGUAGACAGUUAUCAGAUUCGAGCCGGCACCGCCGAUUUGAAACAAGGCCAACUAUACCCCGUCGUAAGGAAAACGAUACACGAGAGGUACAACGGGCUGGCGUACGACUGCGACGUGGCGGUCUUGAAAAUACGGGGAGAGUUUCAGCUGGGAGAGAAAGUCAAGAUAGUGCGUCUGGCGACUUCCCGUCCACAGGAGGGUGCCUCAGUGCUGGUGUCUGGGUGGGGGAUGACGUCGGAGGGGGGCAGCAUAUCGAACUUCCUGCUCGCCACCACUGUGAAGGUGGUCUCCGUAAACAAGUGCGUGAGGUGUUACCCCAGCGUGGGGCUGACGAAUACCAUGAUGUGCGCCGGGGUGCCCGCUGGCGGCAAGGACUCGUGCCAGGGCGACAGCGGCGGCCCCCUCGUCCACGGCAAGAAACUCGUCGGAGUCGUCUCCUUCGGCAAGGGCUGUGGGCGACCUGGCUAUCCCGGCGUCUAUGCGGACGUGGUUUCGCUACGCAAGUGGAUCACCCAAAAAGCUCGCAUCAAGUAACUGUGCAAUGCUGUCCACAUGGCAGUCGCUUUCCAGCACCAGGCGUACUUCCAUAUUACGAAUAUGGUCUUCAGUGUGUCCACUACAAACCUGUGGGUAGUUACGUGACUUGGAGUGGCAUCGAUGCUGAGACUGCUGUAGGCAAGCCACAAAAAGGUGGUUUAUACACAUAAAGCACGUGUGGCGUACGCUACGGGUUCCGUGCUGUCGACGCCUCGCAUUCGCAAUGCUCACUUUGCAGAGGAUGAUUGGCUGUAACCUGUAUCGAACCGAAAAUUGCUGUUGAGGAGUGCGUCCGCAAGAUUCUGUAGCACUGGAAAUAAAUGAAU